AUUACGAUAUUUAAAGCUAAACAGUUUAAAAUUGUCUUCCUUGUUCGAUUCAAACCCGUUGAAAUUUUACAUUCAACUUCGAGAAUGCAAGAGCUAGUGUUUAAUGUGUUUUGAAACUUAACUAAAAUUGCAUAUUCAUUUUAAAGCUGUUUUAGUGCUUUUGGUGGAUUUAAGACCAGCGAGAUGUCUGCUCACAAGAAUGCUUACGAAAAUAGCGGCUUCAACUCGGUGAACGAUUCGAUAGCAAGCCAGAGAGACUUCUCCCUGACGACGGAUGGAGGUCACCGGUCAGCUUUUAAGGAAGUGCCUAACCAACAUCUGGAUGGUUCUAAAACCGAGGACACAUUCAAGAAAGUACCUGUGCAGGUGUAUGGAGCGCAGCGGAACGUUGAUACACCUGAUUCAGUGGCCAGCAAUCCCAAGCGCCUAAUUUGGUCGACGGGAGGAGGAAGCAGCCCACAGCAUAAUAUAGAUGCGACAAACCUACAACAGCAAUACAACAAAAAUGGGGCAAAGAGCAUGCGCGAUCUUUACAGCGAGAGUAGAGCGAAACAGGAACCAGGAUACGAAGACCUUGCAUUUGGGCAAAAUGACAGCAAGCAGGGAGCAAGGAGCAUGCGUGAAGUUUACGGCGGGAAUGAAAAGAAACAGGGACCAGGAUACGAACAUCUUACAUUUGAGUUUCCCUCAAAAGACUUAAGAAGGAAUAAAAAAGAAAGGACAAGUUCGUGUGAUAAAGUUUGUUGCCUGAAGUGUGGGGUAUUUAUAUCAUGCGUGUGUGUUCUCAUCGCGGCUAUAGUCAUGCUGGUUUAUUUCAAGAGCAACUCCAGCGGAGACGCAGACAAGCUCGGUAGUGUAUAUACGACCAAAAGUCCCAUAACUACAGCCAAACCUGUUGUAACAACGCCUUCGAUCGCAACCUGUGAACCAUUACCGGUUAACUUACAAGAUAAGAUGGAAAUUCGUUGUUUGGACCUCACGUACAUUGAUCGUAUACACACAGUCGUGGUUAAGCCCCCGCCAUACAUGAACGAAGGACGAAAUAUCACAAUGGCCAUAGGAGAAACAAACAACACCUCCUGGAUACCUGAGAUUGACAUCGCGAAGGAUUUGUUUAUGGUCCACGGACCAGAUGCCACAUGCAGCUCCAGUGGAAUCUAUACUCUGUAUUUCUACAAAGAUGACGGCGAUGUUUUGUUUUACACACGCAACUUGAACGUUACUGUGAUAAGUGAGGUAAAGAGGGUGAAUAUAUCCCUGUCCCAGCAAAUAACGACGGACAACACAACCGACUUCACCAUUGGUUGCUCGACAAAUUCUGGCUGUGAACAGUCGUUUGUAGACUUCUUUGCAGAAAUCAACAAGGAGGAGCAGUAUCUCAGAGGUGUUAAUUUCACGUGCACAAUAACGUACAACGAUUACGACGGAUACAGCGUCUCUUGUAUCGGGGUUAUCCCGGAAUUCCUCCUCGCGCAGUUUGAGCGGAUCACGUGCAAGCCAAGGUCAAGGCUCCUCGAUGACCUGGAUGAGGACGAGCUAACAAAAUUAGAGCAGGAGUUUGAGCUGAAAGAAUGCGACCUCCUAACGCACUGUGGUUACGAGUGCACAAAAGAUAUUGAGGAUUAUUUUGCCGUGGACAGUUACCGGUGUGACAUAUUCCAUCGGUGUGUGGGCAGACGCGUGUACACCUCCUACUGCUCUCCAGGUACAUUCUUCGACCCGCGACCCGAAAAUUGCGCGUGCAAGCACAGACAGGAGGUCACGUGGUGCCGGCAAGAUGGCGCCAUCAGCCCGGACAGCCCCGUGCCAAAAGAGACAUGUGCUAACCAGAUGAUACCAAGAAAAUAGAUAUCCAAGUUUAGUUUAACGAAAUCUCGUUUUUGUGACUGUUUUGACAUUUUCACUUUUGUCUUAAGAAGUGAGGCAUUUUAAUAACGAUCACCUAUUCGUACUGACUUUUGCAAUGUGAAAAAAUGUAUAUGCUUAUGAAACUGUAUUUAUCAUAUUACCAAUAACUUGAUGUUAUGGUGUGUUUUAUCUCGGUGCCUGUUUGAUGCAUUUCCUCUAGUGACUUGAUAUUGGAUCUUGAUUGCUUGGCUUGUCCCUGUAGUUUCUAUAAUAUUAUGGUCUAAUUCAAUUUAGGAUACAUAAUGUUUAUUCAUUUGCAGGAGUUUUAAACCAUUCAAUGUCUACUAUUUUUAUUAUAUUGAUUGCCCUUUAUUUUCAAAAAAAAAUUGGCAUCGGCUUAUUAAUAAGCAGUUUUAUUAAAAAAAUAUAUAUUUGUU